GCGAUUUUCUCUAUUGAUUUCCCGAUUUCAAUUUUCCCCUCGCUGUGCCACGUGACUCCCUCUCCGCCCUCGACGUGAUCCUCGCCUCGUCUUCAUCCCAUCCACCAGAAGUCGACCUUGACAGCUUACGGGCAUCAUGCGUCGCCCUGGCACACCUGCUUCUCCAUCUUAGACAUCGAUACCACGCCCGCGCCGAGGCAGAUCCGGCUUCAUCCUCCUCCGCCGCCGCCAUGGCGUCUUCCUCCGUGCUCGACCGCUUCCUGAGCAGCCUCGCCGACUUUGUCAAGACCCGCGACGGGCCUAAGCUGCAGGACUUUCUGCAGAUCGAACCUCCGCUGCCUCCUAUCUACACGCAGAUGGUCGACGAGCUGCGCCAGCGGUACCCGGCCGACGAUCCGCAGAGCGACGCAGCGCUGCUGCGCCGCUGCGAGGCCCUUGUCAGUGGCCCGCGGUCCAAAGGCGGCAGCGGCGGCAGCGGUGCCUCUACCUGGACAGCGUUUCCUACCUUUGUCAAGCUGUACUUCACCUUCCUGCGCGACGUCAAUCUCGAGAACCUCCUGGAAACGUAUAACCUGCUCAAGGCGCUCGUCAACCAAUGUGUCCUGGCGCUCGGUGACAGCCAGAUGGGCGUUAUUGUCUUGCCGACCGUCCUAUAUCUCUCCAAGGUUCUCGCCAAGUUGGCCAUGGGGCUCGAUCGCCGACCGGAGCUGAUUGCACACCUGCUGCGACUGGAAGGAGGCUCGGAAGAGAACGUGGAGAAGGUCACACUGGUCGAGAAGUCGGCUAACGUUGUGCGCGAGGCGUUCAUCAAAUGCCUGACCGAUCGCAGCGGAACGCCCGGCGUGCAUGGGAAACCGGAGGGCAAGCGGCUGGGCAUCUACCUGAUGGCCAACCUGUGUCUGAAGCUGCUAUUCCAGUGCGGAAAAUUACGAAACGCGGAGCAGAUGUUUGCCAGUAUCAGCGCCCAAUCGCCUCCCCUGACCUACUUUCCGGCCUCGCAGCGUGUCACCUAUCUCUACUACCUCGGACGAUACCUCUUUUCGAACAACCUCUUCUUCCCUGCGCAGAUCGCCCUCCAGGCUGCCUACGACCAGUGCCAUCGACAGGCACUCAAACAGCGGCACCUCAUCCUCACCUAUCUCAUCCCUUGCAACAUCAUCAUGGGCCGGUUCCCGUCUCGACAGUUGCUAGAACGACCAGAAGCCCAAGGGCUGGCGAACCACUUUGUCCCCGUAUGCCGGCUCGUCGCCCGUGGCGACUACAUCGCCUUCCGCCAACACCUCGCCGGCGACUCCCCUGCCACCGAGUGGCUAGCCCGCAAGGGCGUCCUGCUCCCGCUGCGCAACCGUUGCGAGAUUCUCGUCUGGCGCUCCCUCGCCCGCAAGGUCUUCAUCCACGGUGGCUUCCACGGCGAUCCGGCUCCCCAGGCUUCGCGCGGACCCCCGCCUUUCCUCUACCUGCAUAAACUGGAAGCCGCCGUGCGGUGGCUCCAGUCCCAACACAGUGCUUCGCCCUUCAAACCACUCUCAAUGAAUGCCAAGCCAGGAAACCAACCCAGUCACAGCAAAUACGGCUCGCAGAUAAUUUGCAAACCUGCAGACCCGGACUUUGCAGGGCUUAUUACCAACGCCUCCCCAGCUCUGCCGACCCCCCCGGCAGAAACGGCAGAAGAUCCCUUCUCCAAAUACGCCGACUACCUCUGCCCCGAGGGCUACUUUGACGCACAAGGGACAUAUCGCGCCAACGCCCCGGGGACACUAGUCGACGGAAGGCUCGACACGGACUACACUUCUCUCGAACUAAACCCGUACCCGGACCGACCCGACCAAGGGGGAGAAACGCAAGAGUCGUCGCCAAUGAUGGACGAGAUCGAAUCCAUCCUCGCCUCGCUAUUGACCCAGGCCCUGAUGCGCGGCUACCUCACACACCGCAACCCGCGCUUUGCCAUCCCCGGCGCCCGCCUCAAGGGCGCCCUCCCCACGGGAUUCCCCCCGGUCUGGAGCACCAUCUACGCGCGCGAACGCGACGACGCCCUCGUCCCGGGAUGGGUGCAGGUCCCGUCGCCUGAGUCUGCUGCUGCGCGGGCCAACCCCUUUGCUGCGGCGGUGGCGGGCGGGCGUGUCGUCAAUCUAUCGGGCGCGAGGCCCGCGGGGGCUCAAUAA